UUAAAGUAUAAUUAACGAUGAGGAUGAGAGCCUUAAGCGGCCUCUAGUAGUAUAGUAUAGAGAGAAAAGAAGAGAGCUCCCCUCUCCUCCUUCGCCACCAUUUCACUUUUCAUCACCGAAGAAGGCAUCAAUCUCCGGCGUCUUCUCUCUCUCAGGGCAUCUGUAAAAAUGCUUCAAGGACUACUACUCUUGUCUGCUUAAAGUAUUUUAUUAUAGUUGGUAAAUAUGGGAGGUUGCUGUUGUUCCUCCAGGAAGUCACAUCUUGUUGGCACACCUGUUUACUAUUACUGUCCAGAAUCUUUUGAAGAGGUUGGGCCUUCAGGAACCCGAGCUGCUGUGGGAUCAGCACUCACCGCAGGCCUCUUGGUUGAUAUAGGUUUGGAGACAUCUAUACCUGACACCUUUUGUGCUCCUGCUCCUCUUCCAUAUGAUUUGCUUUUGGGGAAACCACAGUCCACAGAUUCUGAAUCUAGCAAAGGAAGGAUUAGUGGAAGCAGUUUUGAAACGCUAGCAACAUGUGAAGAUCUCGGUGGGUCAGACUGUAAAACUCAAGACACCUCAGACAUUAUUUCCCCGAGGAAAUCAGAUUUCUCAAAUCAAAAAGGAUGGAAGAAAUUGGUGGAUGAAGAGGAGGAGGAUGAAUGUUGUCCCAUUUGCUUUGAAGAUUAUGAUGGUGAAAAUCCAAGACUAACGACAAAGUGUGAGCAUGAUUUUCACCUCUCUUGUCUUCUGGAGUGGAUUGAAAGAAGCGAUAGUUGCCCUAUCUGUGAUAAGGAAGUUGUGUUUGAUGAUUGCUUGAACUAGCAUAUCACAAUCCCCUGGCUUGAAAGAUUGAAGGUGUGCCGCUUUAUUUGGUUAGUCUACUACAUAAAAUUUGUAUACAUCUCUUUUUGGUCCUUGCUGGCUCGUAAUUGUUUUGUUGGGUGUCCACAUUGUCUGCUGCUUAGUUAUUAUUUUUUUUUUUUUUGACGAAUUGGUUAUGUUGCAAUCAUAUGGAUGGAAUAGACAUACAAUUGUAAAUAUUACCUAGUAUCUUUUUUGUUGGUGUGUGAUAAAGAAGAUACAUAGGUCCAAUUCGGCUGUUCGAUUGUUUGCAUCUCCAUAAAACAAAAUCAUGUUCA